AUGUCCCUCUCCAAAACCCAAUCCACAGAAACAGACAUAAUCCUCAACAAAGCCAACGUCGCCCUCGCGCGCAGCCAACGCCUCGUCGCAUCAUGGUUCCCCGCACCAACAGCAGAAGAACAACGACACACGAAUGUUAAAUCCGAGGAGGAGCUGCAGAGGGAGGAGGAGGAGAUUUUCAAGGCUGUUCCUGAGACACUAGGAAUAGGCGCCCCCCUUCCCAGCAAAGCAUCCGACGGAAGCUGGAACCGCACCGAGCUCUCCUCGAACGACCAACUGCGCAGACAGCUUUUAGGGAAGAAUUAUAAGAAGGUUAUGGCUGCCAAAAGCAAUACUACUACUGGUGAUGGGAAUGUUCCGGGCACGUUGUCGGAUCGGUUAUUGUCGCGGCCGACGGGGUCUACACAUGUUGGUGGGGGACAGGGACAAAAACAGGAGGAGAGUGAUGAUGAUGAGGAGGAUGGGAGGAUAGCUGCUGUUGGGAAUCGGGCGGGGAGAGGGAAGGGGAGGGGGAAUGGGAAUGGGAGGAAGAGGGGGUUGGAGGGAUCUACUCCUACUUCUACUUCUACUUCUCCCCCUGGUGGUGGUGAGGAUGGUUCAGAGGGUGUGGCUGGUUCGGGUGAUGGUGCGGAGUCUACACAGCAGAGUGAACCAGCAUCUGCACGGACAGCGCCGUCAGGACCGAAAGGCCGGAGAAAAGCUACUAGCUUCUUGGAUGAGAUUCUGGCAGACCGGUCGAAGAAGAGAAAGAAGCGGUGA